GUUACCAUGCACUAACCUCGUUGACAUCAGUGGGUGCUGCGUGCUGCCGAUGUGACGUUGGUUACGUUACAUUUUUAUAGCAUCAUUGCAGGCAGCUAGCCGACAUUUGCACACCUUGAUAUGAUGCAAACAGACCGUUUUUUAAUUGUAUUUUAUUUUUAUCGUUAAGCUUUAAAACGUGUCGUCUACGUACAACUAGGUGAGGUCUCAAGGGAAAAUAUUAACAGUUGCGUCAAGCUUAUAACAAGUUGUCAGCGUUAUUAGCUAUUAAACGAUGAUAGUGAAAGGCUAAUGGGAUUAGGCUAACGUGCUAGCAGUGAGCGUGCCCCAUGUCAACACAUUAUUUUCGGAACUAAAAUAAUUUACGUCAAGAGGGUGAAGGCAUGUCGUUGGCAUCCUGAGGUACAUUACAGACAGUCAUGGUUGGUGGUAAAUGAAAGCGGCACUUGUGAGUUAACCAACAUUAACGCUAGUUAUAAACGACCUGCGUCUGCGGAGUGUGGAGAAAUGACCACGCCGCUCGGGAGGAACGGGUUAAUCGGGCUUGCUGUCGGAGCUACAGCCGGUUGUGGCUUGAUUGCCUUCAUAAUCUACAAGGAGAUCGUUAGGAGAAGAUCCCAGAGACUGGUGCUGGAGGCCCGGCCAGCUUCCCGGCUGUUUGACGGGGUGGAUAAAGCCGUGCUGCUGCAGGAUGCCAUGGAUGCACAGGAGGUGGAGGCCCAGCAGCAGGCUCUGGCAGCGGUGGAGGCUGUGGUGCAGGGCCUGUCCCCGGAGCAACAGCUGGAGUUUAGGAACCAGCUGGACGAUGUGCUGACCUGCGUGGCCUCACUGCGCUCAGAGGUGGCUGAGCUGAGGGGCGGCCUGCAAGACAUCGCCCAGCAGAUUAUCCAGGAUGUCAAUUACGUUGGACCCACAAAAGAUGAAGGUGGGGAGAGUCCAAAAGCAACACCCGGCAGCCAUCCUAUUGAUGUAGGCGUAUCCUCAGCCGGUAUCUCCAGGGCCGCGAAAAAGGGAGUGGAGGACAGUCAGCGGGUACGUCGGCGGCGCCAUUUCAUCCACCGGGAACGCAAUGACUCCACCGGCUCCAGCUCCAUCUACUUCACUGCCAGCCAGGGCGUGGCCAGCACGUAUGAAACCACCAGCGAAGGAGGGUACUCGACGGCCUACGCUGAGUCCGACUACACCGAUCGUGACACAGACAAAGAGGAGGGUGAGCAGGAGCCUGAACAGGAGUCCGAGGAAGAGGAGGAAAGGAGCUGUGCCACUGUCCUCACCAUUCGCCAGGAAGACUCCCAGGAAGAAGAAGUGGAGGAGGAGGAUGAGGAAGAGGAGGAAGAUAAGGGGAGGCUUCAACUGGUGACUGAAGUUCCCAGUGGGGAGCUGGCUCUCCUCCUGGCUCAGAGUGACAUCCUCCACACAGGAGACGCCAGUUUAAAGGCAGAGGGCUUUCGCCUGCUGCUAGACAACCGAGCAGAGUAUGGAGACAGCAGGGAGUUUCUAUGGCGACUGGCUCGGGCAUACAGGGAUAUGUAUGAAUCCACAGAGGAUAAACAAGAGAAGAAGACCUACGCACAACAAGGUCGAGAGGAGGCCGAGCUGGCCCUGAAGAAGAACGGCCUGAAUGCCGAGUGUCACAAAUGGUUUGCUGUGCUGACAGAACUGACCUCCCAGCAUGAUAGCAUGCAUAGCAAACUGAAGAGCAGCCAUAUAUUAAAGGAGCAUCUGGACCGUGCACUCGCCCUCAGAGAUGAUGACCCCAUGUGUUUCUACCUGCUUGGCAGAUGGUGCUAUGAGGUAGCCACUCUGGACUGGUUGGAACAGAAGGCAGCGGCUGCCCUCUACCAGAGCCCCCCCACCUCCACACUGCAUGACGCGCUUGAGAACUUUCUCAAGGCAGAGGAACUCAGCCCAGGUUUCUCCAAGACCGUGAGACUUUACAUCGCACAGUGUCACAGGAAGCUGGGAAACAUCUCUGAGGCCACAAACUGGACUGAGCUGGCUCUGAAGAUGCCCACAAACUCUAAUUAUGAUGAAACGACUAAACUGGAGGCUCAGCUUCGAGUCUUAACUGACAGAAAAACCUGAAAUUCUUUGUUCCUGAGAUCCAUCAGAUGAAGCCACUCAGCCGAUGGCACUGAUUGGCUAGUCAGGCCGCCAAUCCGUGUCCAUCCAAUCGGCUUUUUUUUUUCUUUUCCUUUGUUGGUGGAUAUCUACAUACUGUCACUGUGAAAUGGAGUUUAUUGAUAUGAUUGUAUAUUUAUUUUCUUUAAUAUUGCUUAAUUGAGUCAAGAUUGCUUUAAGUAGUACAUAUUUUAAUGUAUAUGGUAUAUUUUAAAGGUAUAAUAUGUAGGGGCCAGACAUACAGAGAAGAGAGAGCGCAGGGGUUGAGCGAGCUAGAGAGUGAAUGAAGAGAGGGAGCGACCAAAGCAGACAUCGGGAAUAAAAUGCUCUUCUCUCAUUGGCUCACAUCGGUUAUGUCCUAAAGCAUAAAUAAACGCACACCGUCGCGUGGUAAAACACAGGACUCUGACCCAGGAGAGCCAGGAUCGCGUCCCGCCUGUGGCAAUCUUCAACUGCGUAUUUUUUUUUUUUUUUUUUUUUUAGCCUUUCCCAAUGUUUCUUUCCUAAACCCAACCGUUUGUUUUCCUAAGCGUGUUGGGGGCUAACGAUUAUUGGAAAUGAGAAUGCCGUUAUUGGGGUUACACACCCACGGGGGGGCCCAGCGGCUCUCUGCACACGCCCAGAAACGUCCCGCCACUCCAAAGUAAGAGAGAGAGAAAAAAAGAGAGAAAAUCCAGGCCGAGUCUCUGUAGAUAGACACCACCAUGUUUCUAAUGGGUCAGAACUGAUGAUUAAGAGGGAUUACUUUUCUGUUGCCUUUAAAAUGCUUUUAAAGGCAAGCAUUGCAUAAUAUACAUUUUAAUGUUUUUACUAAUAAUCUGCAAUUAAACAAGUAGGUUUUGUUUUUUAGCACCAUAUUCUUAAUUUAACAUGCAAAAUUGCAAAAUUACAAAAAUAAUCAUUGUCACUUCGCUUCAGUGGUUUCCGGUCAUGUAGAUGGCUUUGGUUUAAUUUCUUGAAAAUGCAUUCUGAGACAAAGUUUUUUUAAUUUUAGCACCACCACACUGCAUAUGUUCUGACUGACUGAUAAAUGUGAUGAGUUAUCGGGAAUCAGAGCUGCUAAUCCAGUUUGAUCAGUAAUGUUUUAAGGGGGUUUAUCACUGUCAAAUUAUUUGUAUUUUAUUACAAAUUUAUUCUAUAUUGUUCUGCUGGGUCCUUCUCAGUUGCUUUUGGACAGAGGUUUUGUGGAUUUAAAUGACACUUCAUUAACGUAAAUGUAGUAAUAUUGUAGUAUUUGGAUCACAAUCUCAACCAUGAAACAUUUUAUUCUAGUUAAGAUCAGAUCUCCCUUCCCCCCCUCAGGUUGUGACUGAAAAAUGCUAAUUUUUGAUGUGUACCUAAUUUUCCUUUGAGUGCAUUUGCUGCCUUUGAACUUUGAGUAUUUUUACAUUCCUUUAAUUUUCUAAAGUUUGUGAUGAAACAUGACUUUAAUGGCACCUUCUAUUUUAAUGUAUCCUUGUUGAGGUUAAUUAUGCAGUCAGCGCUGUUAAAAAAAAAUACAGUGGAUUGGUUUCGGAUCCCGCAAUGAAGUUAAUAUGCAUUGAAGUGACACAUGGAUAACAUUGAAUAAAAUUAUUUUGUGCUUGUCUUGUAAACUUGUA